AUGCAGCUGCUGCAGCAGAAGCAAUCCAUCCGGCACGGUCUCGAUCUUGGCACCGAGCGUCUCGAGCUGAGCUUCCUGCUGCGCCAAGGCCAAUACCCAAACAGGAUCCGGGGCGGCAUCCACGGUGCGCAGGACACGCCGAACUACCAGCACGUGCCCAUGAAGCACGACUGGACGGCCGGGACCAUGAACCACGCCUUGAGCCAGCCCGUGGCGCCGCACAAGGGUUCCAUGAGCCCACCGGCCGCGCACGCCUCCGACCUGCGCACGCCCGCCCCCGCCGGUGUCGGUGCCGGCGCGAGCGAGCCCGCCGGGGCCAACGCCGACGUCGAGAAUCUGCCGCAGUACGCCAGGCCGCUCAAGAACUGCGGCCCGACCUGUCCGCUCGACACCCUGCUCCUCGGCUUCCUCGACGAGCGUCGCCAACGGUCCGCCGAGGGCCUGCAGAUGCACGAGGUCAUCGGACCUCCCUAUCCCUCCGUCUCGUCCCUCCUGAACCCGGCCAUCGGCCCGUACAGCCACCCGCUGUCCAAGUUCUUCACCGACAUCCUCGCCACCUUUCCCGACAUAUCGAUGCUGCCGGAACGCGUCGCCGUCCUGUACAUCAUGUUCCUCGUCACCCGUUGGCAGAUCUCGCCGACGCGCGAAAACUACAACCGCAUGCCCGAGUGGAUGCACCCGACGCCUUCGCAGCUGAUGCAACCCCACGCCGCCUGGAUCGACUACGUCCCCUUCCCCGUCAUGCGCGAUCGGAUCACGCGCAAUCGCAACCCGCAAGAGUACCUCUUCGAGAACUUCUUCGUCCCCUUCACCACGACGCUGCGCCUGAGCUGGCCGUACGAGGAGUCGGACACGCUGCUCGUCCUGCCCGACUCGGACGAGGUCGUCAUCAACCCCGUCUUCGAGCGCCACCUGCGCAACCUGGACAACUGGAAGCUUGGCAACCGGUUUCUGCGAACAUUUCCCACCCUCGUCGACUCGUUCAACCUGGACCCUACCUUUGGCACCGGCGUGGCUUCGUCGUCGACUUCGUCGGUGAGCAGGUGA